AUGGCUUCAACAGGGCGAAUUACUCGGACGUCGACCCGCAAUGAGGCUCAAAGCCGAGGCAGACGGGCCAACGGCAAUGCCAUUAUCGAGAACGCUCUAGCACACCUCACGGAUGAAGAACUGGAGAGGGAUGUCCAGUCCUUUGUCGACAAUCACUUGCCAUCUGUCCGCUAUGAGGAUCUCAUUCGUGCCGCUCGAGUUGCAAAGGACAUUCGUCUGUAUGAUGAAGUUGCGAGGCAGAAAGGCUACAACUUCGAGUCGACUCUGCCGGUGCAGCUGACGGCAGAGGAGAAACAUGCUCUGCGACGAGAGAGAGAUGUUCCUUUCAGUGAAAAGGGCAUGCGGAUCGUCAUUCUCACAGUUUCCAUUGCGGCCUUGUUGCAGGGCUUUGUCCAGUCCUCCUUCAAUGGCGCUUCGCUGUACAGAGAAGAAUGGGGGCUUCGUCGAGAUCUCGGACCCGACAGCACGAGUGCCGACAACUGGAAGCUCGGGGCUGCCAACGCAGCGCCCUUUUUCUUUGCCGCGCUGAUCGGAUGCCCUCUUGCGCUGCCAAUCAAUUACUGGUUUGGCCGACGGGGAGGCAUCUGUGUUGCUGCGCUCCUGAUAUUCGCAAGUUCUCUAGGUGCGGCAUAUGCAAGGACUUGGUACCAUUUACUCGGGAUACGGACCAUCAACGGCGUCGGGAUGGGCAUCAAGGCCGUCAGCACGCCGAUUCUUGCCGGAGAGACUGCUGUUGGAUUCUGGCGAGGCUCUGCCAUCCUGGCCUGGCAGUUGUGGGUCGCAUUCGGCAUCAUGCUUGGCUUUGCCUUCAACCUCGUCUUCACAAAAGCGCAGUCGAGCGUGACGACACUCUCACUGAUCAACGCAGCACCCAUGGUCCCGAGCUUCUUCCUCUUUAUGAUCACACUGUUCCUUUGCCCAGAGUCGCCGCGAUAUCAUCUUACCAGAGGCCCAAAUUACAAUGUCCAAAAGGCAUUCAUCAGCAUGCAGAAGCUUCGAAAUACCGAGCUGCAAGCGCUGCGAGACAUGUAUCUCAUCUAUAAGUCGCUCGAACAGGAAUCCAUGGCUCUGGGUAACCUGGACGCCCAUGCGUUUCGGUCACCAGGGUUUGUGUGGGUUAUUCGGGACUUUUUCAGACAAUACGCACAGCUGUUCCAGCAGAGGCGUCUGUAUAACGCUGUCAUCUCGACUUCGACCGUCAACUUGGCCCAGCAACUCUGCGGAAUUAACGUUCUUGCAUUCUAUUCGGGAUAUCUGUUCAAUGGCGCCGGCAGCGAUGCGAGCUCCAAGCUCAUUCCAAUGGCAUACAGUCUUGGCUUCGGGGCCAUCAACUUUCUGUGCGCGCUACCGGCUGUGAGGAGCAUCGACACGCUGGGUCGGCGGAAAUGGCUGCUGGCAACGCUGCCUUUCAUGGCGCUCUUCAUGUUUGGUGCCGCUCUGGCCUUUACGAUUGAGCCUCGGAACAUCAGAGUCGGAGUUGCUGCCUUCUUCCUGUUCGUUUUUGCCGCCGUGUACUCGCCAGGCCUGGGGCCGAUUCCCUUUACUCUUGCGUCAGAAAGCUUUCCCCUAUCUCACAGAGAAGCGGGCACUGCGUGGGCUAUUUCAAUCAAUCUGGGCUUUGCCGGCCUACUGUCCAUCGUCUUCCCGAGCAUAAACGCAGGCCUCACAGAAACCGGCGCCUUGGGCCUCUUCUCCGGCCUCAACGUCGUCGCUCUGGUCAUGGUUUUCUUGCUCGUAGAGGAGACAAAGCGCCGGAGUCUCGAAGAGCUGGACCACAUCUUUGCCGUAUCCAAGAGAAAGUUUAUGCGCUUCCAGCUGUUCGAGUACCUUCCGUGGCUGGUCCGAUACUACAUCUUUGGAAGCCCCAAGCCUCGUCCGGAGCUGUACGAGGAUCUGAUCUGGGGUCCAUCAGAAGGCGAAGACCUUGCGCCGUUCCGAGCUGUUGAUUUGGUUGGAUACUAUAGCGAGCCGUCGGUUCCAGAGCCGGUGGAGUUGGCACACAUCGCAACCGAUCACGGCGAUGAUUCGGAGAUGCAGGCAACGAACAAUGACGGGCCGGUGAGUAUCCGUUAUUGA